CAUACACAGGGCAACCAGGAGAACCUCAUGAGGCAGCCAGCCAUGCCAUGGCACUGUUUCUGGGGGGCUGUAGUUUACUUCUGUGCCUCUUUAUUGGGGUCUAUUGUGUCUACAGUCGGGGAUCUAAGAAGGAGCCAUUUUCCCAUCAUCGCCUAUAUGAAGAUGGAUUUGAUGACCCUGCCCUCUUCCUGGACAACCCAAAAGAUUACGACUGGUUCUUCUAUGAGACUGAUGCUUAUGUCUACCGGACACCCUCCCAAACACAACCGAAGCCUAUCCAGACCCUGUCAGUCCCAAGUCUCAAACAACCUCCUCCUGCUCUUGAAACCUCACUGGGGAAAACUGUGACUCCUGAAGCAGCGCAGGAGACUAAGCCGAAUGCCAUGAAGCUGGAGUGCCUGUCCCCAGACAAUCUGCACAAUGAGAAUAAUUUCAUCUGAUCCCCCGUUGCUUUCCAACAGAAUCCAGAAAUGUUGGGCUACAGGUAAUUCCCUCUCCUCCUCUCUGUCUGGAAUCUUCAUGCCAGAAGCCGGAAGAUAUUAGAUCAGAUCAAUCAACCAAUAGAUAGCUGUGCGAACAUCAGUAGAAUGGCUGGGGUGGCUACCUUCCAACGACUACAGAGAAUGUCGUCCACCACAAAAAUCAGACCUACAGAAGUCCCAGUUCAGAAUUUGAGGUAGUGUUGGAGAGAGGUGAUUGAGGGAUUCUGCCUGUGUUUGUGAAAUCGGACUUUAGAGGGAUCCUAUGUUUGACCCAACUCCGGGAGGCAGUGGAAGA